AUAUUGCAUCGAGUCCACUGGUAGAUGGCGCCCACGUGCAUUGUGAGAGGAAAAUGGCGGAGGAGAACGGCAAUGAUCAAGAUGUCAGCACUCUAAAGAGCAAAAAGCACAAGCACAGAAAAGAUAAGCCUUGGGACCAUGAGGGAAUAGACCACUGGAAAGAAGAGGCUUUUACAAAAGAAGAUAACCCACAUGGUCUUCUUGAAGAAUCAGCAUUUGCAACCCUUUUUCCAAAGUAUAGAGAAAAAUAUUUGCAAGAAGUCUGGCCACUGGUAACAGAGAAGCUCAAAGAACAUGGCAUUAAAUGCACAUUAGACUUGAUUGAAGGUAGUAUGACUGUUGCAACUACAAGAAAGACUUGGGAUCCAUAUUCAAUCAUCAAUGCAAGAGAUGUGAUCAAGCUGCUUGCCAGAAGUGUCCCAUUUGAACAGGCAUGCAGGGUUCUAGAAGAUGACGUCACAUGCGAUGUUAUAAAGAUAAAAAAUACAGUGAGAAAUAGAGAGCGGUUUGUUAAGCGUAGACAAAGGCUGAUCGGACCGAACGGUGCCACUCUGAAGGCUCUAGAAUUGUUGACCAAUUGUUAUGUACUGGUGCAAGGAGGAACAGUAUCAGUCAUUGGUUCACACAAAGGCUUGAAGCAGGUGAGAAAAGUUGUGGAAGAUACGAUGAAAAACAUACACCCCGUCUACAAUAUCAAGAUUUUAAUGAUAAAAAAGGAGCUUGCCAAAGACCCUAAACUCAAAAAUGAAUCUUGGGACAGAUUCUUGCCCAAAUUCAAGACGAAAAAUGUACCGAGAAAGAAGACCAAAAUAAAGGAGAAAAAAGAAUACACACCAUUCCCACCACAGCAAACAGAAAGCAAGAUUGAUAAACAACUAGCAAGUGGCGAAUAUUUCCUCAAAGCAGAUGAAAAAAGGAUAAAAGAACGCCAAAAAAAGAAGGAUAAGCAAGGCAACGCUGAAAAAGAGAGACAAAAGAUACGGGAAGAAGCCUUUGUUCCUCCACAAGAAGAGAAGCCGAAAAAGCGAAAGCACGCCGAGCAAGAUAAUAAGCUUGAGAUUGAUGUAGAAGCUUUGAAGAAGAAGAUCAAAAAAGCAAAGAAACCUAAACAACUAAUAAAGACGAAAUCAUAAGAAGAAGAGAAAAACGCUUGUAAGUUACUAUCUUCACAAGCUGUAAUAAAAUAUCUGUGUAUGUUCGGGUAUUGGUGUUCAAAGCUUACUCGGGUUUACCGUGACCCCGACGUACCUUUCGAUACUAUAUGCCUUUUAGCGUUACUUAUGCAAAGAAAGUAACUUCGCAGAGCAAUUAUACUAUUUUGACCUUUAUUAUCACGUUUGACUAUAUUUUUUAAAUGAUAAUUUCUUAAGUUUCUUAAAAAUCAGUAUUGUGCUUUCUGUAAAUCGGAUGAACAUUUCUAAAGCGGCAAAAACCUUUUUGCUUGUGAGUGUAAGCAGUGAUUUAUUCUUUGUAAUUGCAAAAAUUAAUUAUCAUUAAUUAAAAGAGCUUCAUUGAGUGUAUAGAAUUAUCCUCAGUAAAACAAUAUUUUACUAAAACACAUUGCGUAUGAGUUUUGACAAUUUUUCAUUCAAUAUUGGGCAAAGUAUCGCAUGCAUAUAUCGUUUUGCAUGUGAGGGGUUUUAGAAGGAUCCCUCAAUAGACAGACCAUGUGCUUAAUGGCGUCAUUUGACAAUAACGCGCAAUGCAUUGUGGUAGCUGGAGCUCACUUUUUUUACGUUUUCCUUAAUUGACAUAUUUCACCAGUCAAUCUUCAUACUCGCUAUCGAAAAAUGAAAAUAGCAUGGAAAAUGAGCAAAUUUUUCAAGAAAAUGGUAGUGCUAGUUUUUAUUAAAACUCUUGACCGGGCAUCAGCAGUUUGAUACAAACAGCAGCCGUUGAAGAUUGUAAAUACGUUGAAGCUGGUAUUGGCGAAGCUAAUAGGCCUCUUUAAACUUAUUCAAGGAGAAAAGUGUGUACAGCGGAUUGUACUGUUGCAUACCACACUGUUUUAGCAAAAUCAAUUCCAUUCAUUUCCAGAUAGUAAAAUUGGAAUAUUUAUAAUUACAUUGGCUUAACGAAGAUGAUGUCUUGGCAUUUGAGGAGAAGGUAGAAGCAGGGUAUGACUGCCAUACUUGCUGCCUGGAGAUUUUGCGUCAAUUUUAUUUUAUUUGAUUUUAUUUUAUUUGUUUUCCAGCAACUCAAAUUAGUGAUGAUAUUUUAUGACAGUUAGGAAGGACAAAAAAUGAUAACCAGCUUUAGAAAAUAGCCUUUUAUUCUUAGCUCUUCUUGUAAAUUCAAUCUUUUCUUGAUUAGCAAUGCGCGAAAUA